UUUUGGGACCAUGCUUAAAUUAUGCUGGCAAAAAGGGUGGACGGCGUAGGUAAAACUCAUACAUCAUAGCGUGGCCGCGUAGUAAUGCAAUCGGCGUCCCUUUUUAACGAGGGCAGAGAAAGAGUUCUCUGGGGGGGAGAGCGAGAAAGAGAAUUGUUGCUGGAAGGCAGAAAGAGAGUUGUUGCUGGAAGGCAGAGAGGGAAAGAGAGAGUAUGAUGUCUUCUUCAGGUGUUGGUGAUAGAAGCAGUAAUGAAAAAGGAGACGAAAUGCUGUCAGGAGAGAUGGAGGUGGAUGCCUACAGGCGACUGUUCCCCCUCCGAUUCUACGAGCGCCAUCUCCUCCAGUCCGUACGCCCCGAUGCAAGGCCCCUCUCACGUGCCAGGGACACCACCCUUGCCCUUGGGGCUGUUUCAUCAGCGGAUGGCUCGGCAUUGGCAAAGAUUGGUUAUACUACCAUGCUGGCUGGUAUCAAAUUGGAAGUCAUGACCCCUUCUUUGGAGUCCCCUGAUGAGGGCUGUAUAGCAAUCGAUUUCCACAUGCCUCCAAUCUGUUCGCCAAGUGUUAGGCCCGGCAGACCAGCUGAGGUGGCGCCAGUAAUUUCUAAGCAAUUGUCAGAUGCUAUUUUAAGUUCUGGGAUGAUCAAUUUAAAGGAACUAUCCUUAAUCAGUGGAAAGGCUGCUUGGAUGGCCUACCUGGAUAUAUACUGUUUGGAUGCAGAUGGUUCUCUUUUUGAUGCUGCAUUGCUUUCAGCAAUUGCUGCUUUCUCUCAUUUGCAAAUCCCUCUGGUUUCUGUCAAUGACGACGGAAGAGUAGUCACCAUGUCAGGGGAACAACUUGAAGGGAAAUCAGUGAAGGAACCAGUCAAUAAAGAGAGGAGGAAGUUGACCUUGAGCAGCAUUCCAUUCGCAUUGACGUGCAUACUUCACAAGAAGUACAUCUUGGUGGAUCCCACGGCAGAGGAAGAGUCCAUAAUGGAAUCCCUUGUGACGGUGGUGCUGGACUUGUCGGGUCGGCUUGUGUCCUUGUACAAACCAGGCGGUGCGGUUCUUGCUUACACGUCAACCAUUCAGGACUGUGUGGCGCUUACAAGGCAGAGAGUGAAGGAGCUGCGGAAGAUUCUUGAUGAAGCCCUAUCAGAAAUGGAGGUGGACUAGGUUUUGAUCUGCUGUGGUGGACUGCCACAAAGAUAUUUGCAUUGGGUAGAUGACUUUUGGUUUUAGUUUUCAGUCUUCGCUGGCCUUUUCCUUUCAAAAAUUGGAAACGGUUAGAAGCUAUCGGAUAAGCAGAGAUGAAAACAUUACAAGGUUCUAAUUCAAGCUUGCUGUUGAAAGCUUGAGAGUAAUGAGAUGAAGAUAAUGAAAAUCUGAAGGAGUGAGGCAGUCGGUGUUUAUUUUUCAUUUUUCUUCCCUGCAGGUUCUCCUCAAAUUAUCUACUGAGUCAAACACUGCCUAAUUUUGGGCCCUACUUCUUGAUUUUCUGAUCAGGACCUUUCAAAUGUUUUUGUAUAGAGUUUGUCAUUCGAGCAAUUUGCUAAUGAACUCUUCUUUUAUUCCUUGAAAGGAUUAA